AUGCCAAACUGGGGAGGGGGUGCCAAAUGCGCAGCCUGUGAGAAGACGGUGUACCAUGCAGAGGAGAUCCAGUGUAACGGGAGGAGCUUCCAUAAGACCUGUUUCAUCUGCAUGACCUGCAGAAAAGGACUGGACAGCACCACGGUUGCAGCGCAUGAGUCUGAGGUUUACUGCAAGUCUUGUUAUGGCAAGAAAUAUGGGCCAAAAGGCUACGGAUACGGGCAAGGAGCUGGAGCUCUGAGCUCUGAUCCCCCUGGACAGAACGUAGACCUGCAGCCUCAUGACUCUAAACCACGACCAGCUUCUUCAAACUCCAAUGCCAAUAAAUUUUCCCAGAAGUUUGGAAGUUCAGACCGCUGCCCUCGCUGCUCCAAAGCCGUCUACGCAGCAGAGAAGGUCAUGGGAGCAGGAAAGCCCUGGCAUAAAACCUGUUUCCGCUGCGCCCUUUGUGGUAAAAGCCUGGAGUCGACCACAGUGACAGACAAGGAUGGAGAGCUGUACUGUAAAGUUUGCUACGCCAAAAACUUCGGUCCAAAAGGAUUUGGACUGGGAAACGCUGCCAUGUUGGAGGAACAACAGUGA